AUGCAACGACAAGUAUAUUCGGUAAUAAAUAUAUUGAAAAGAACAUUUUCUUCACAAGCUCGAACAAUAUCUGGGUGCUCAUUAGCACUACAAAGUACACAUGACUCACUGCUUUCUGGAAGAUUGCACGUUAGGCCAAGCGCCUUAUGUCCCGUUCGUACAAUGUUAGCUCGUACAAUGUUCAUUCAAGCAGAACCUACACCUAACCAGGAUUCUUUGAAAUUCAUCCCUGGAGUUCCUGUAAUGAAAGAUGGUGGCACGGCAGAAUUUCUUUCUGGAAAUUCUGCCUCAACUUCGCCUUUGGCUAAAAAAUUAUUUCAAAUAGAAGGUGUUCGUGGUGUAUUUUUUGGGCCAGAUUUUAUUACAAUAAGUAAAGAUCAAGACACACCAUGGCAAUUAAUGAAACCUGACAUAUAUGCAAAUAUUAUGGACUUUUUUACAUCAGGUCAACCCAUAGUGACUGAAGCUCAACCACCAUCUGAUACAGAAAUCAAGGACGAUGAUCCCGAAGUUGUUCAAAUGAUUAAAGAAUUAUUGGAUACUAGGAUUAGACCUGCUAUACAAGAUGAUGGUGGAGAUAUUGAAUAUCGAGGAUUUGAUAAUGGAAUCGUGAAAUUAAAGUUAAAAGGUGCUUGUAGAUCUUGUGAUUCAUCGGUGGUGACUCUUAGGAAUGGAAUUGAAAAUAUGUUAAUGCAUUACAUUCCCGAAGUAACCUGUGUAGAACAAGUAUUGGAUGAGGAAGAGACCAUUGCACAACUUGAAUUUGAAAAGUUAGAGAAAAAACUAAGAGAGUAA